UUGUAUAUAUUUUGCAUAAUAUGAUCCAAGCCGUAAUCUCAUAGACCUAUAAUACUUAUGAGGUUUAUGCGUAAUCUAUAUAGUUUUAACGUCUUUGGAACAAUGUCGACGUUAUCAAACAUAAACAACUAUUUUUAAAAUUAUCAUUAUUUUAUAUUUGCUGCGAAUAUUGGUGAAUUCAGCUUUAGAAUUUAACGUGAAAGUUAUCGAGUGUCUUCAGCGUUCCUAGUAACGUUCAUUAUUAAAAUCAUUUGUUACUCAUAACUGUCAACCAAUAAAAUAAAUUAUGGUUAAAAAAAGGAAAAGUGUAUUGAGAUCUUCAACACAAGUUAUUGAUUCGCCGAUGAAAGAACCAAGAAUUAUAAGAGGUAAUCAUUUGGAAAAGGCUCGUAACAGUUUAAAUGAAGCUCUUGACGUUAUUGCAAAGAAAGAGCAUAAGAAAGCUGAUGAUGUGACAGAUAAUGAUGUUUUAAUUGUUGAAGAAAACGAUACAAAUAAACGAGUAAAGAAAAAUGAGUCCAAACAGGAAGUUAAAGAUUCAUUGGUAUUAAAAUUACGAGAUCGCAGCAUUGAUUUAGCUUCUUUUACCAAUAAUUCAGUAAUGUACUCUAUAUGUCGAGCUUGGAUAAAAAAUGAUCCAUUAUCAGCAAGACAAGUAAAAAGUAAGAAAUCAGAAAAUUUUGAACGUUCACUUAAAAGUGAAAAUGAAACAUCUACAAUCGAAGAUUAUGUCUAUAAAUUACCACCACCUAAAAGCAGACCUGAAAAUGAGACAGAUAUAAUUCACAGAGUACCUAAGAAUUUACCAAGGGAUGUAAUAUCCACCAUAGACACUAAAAUUAAUAUUGAAGAAGUUCCUACAGUUAGUGAAUUACUUAAUGAGCACAGGAAAAGAUGGGUUUGUGUACGACAGCAGUGGAUUAAAUUCAGUAAUGAAAAUGAUGCCCGCUACGCUAUGUCUAAAAGCAUUUUGAGUUCAAUGUUAAACAAAGAUAAUAAUGUUUAGUAUCAUCAGUAUACCAGUCUACAAGAAACAUAAUAUUUUUAUUGUAUAUUGAAAAUUUAACUUUGUUUAUUCCCUUAUAAAUUUAAAUUCAAAGUAUGGUUUAGAAACAAUUUUAUUUUAGUAUGAUUCAUAACACUUUUAUUGUUGUAACAUAACAAAAAAUUUUAUUUAUCAACCAUAAUAUUGUGGAUGUAAAAAAUGACUAAUAAAAAAUGUUGUAAUAAAAUAUGCACAUAAAUAA